GACAAGUAUACUGUCAAUGCGUGCAUGUCUUAAAUAUUUCUGACAGAUUAUUGUGUAUCACUCAAGAGUACACAUAAAUUGUAUGCAGACAGUUUAAAGUAAUUAUUGCUUAAAUGUGAUAUGGGAUUAUUUAUAUGCCGUAAAACGCUCUUAAUUUCUAACUGGCACAAAUAUAAAUAUUUUGUGUGAGGUGUGUUACAUUAAGAGUAUAUGGAAAUGACUGCACCAAUGGCCAAUGGGUUCACUUAUGAUAGAAUCUCAAUAUUUGGAGAAUGUCGCAAUCGGAUCAAAUCAAUGUGGGAUAUUCUAUUUGGAGAUGAGCCUAAGCAGUGGAUAAGCUUUAAGCCAACUUUAGGUGCUUAUGUUUAUCCUUGUUACGCCUGCCAAACUUUGUUUUCAUCGUUUUCAUCAUUACAAGAUCAUGUCCAUAGAAGAAUUAUUAUACUAAGAUAUAAAUGCUCCCGAUGUUCAGGUAGAAUAUUGCGAUUCUACAAUAGAUGUACUCUAUUAUUACAUACCCGUCAUCAUUAUACUCUCAAAGAGGGUCAGAUCAAUUUGGCUGAUCUAGAUACUUCUACUUUGCCUAUAGAUUUAGCAGGCUUUUUACCAGUUCCUAACAUUCCGUUAAUUUACGAAAAUGAUGAAGAAGAAGACGUCCCCGAUAAUAUCUACGUAAACGUGCAGUUUUAUUGGCCCGGUGAAGAUCAAAAAGGCAAAGCGGUUGUUGUUUUAAGCCCUAGCGAUUUUAUAUUCAGAGAUCCGAACCAACCCUUAUGUCUUAAACAAGUUUGCAACAAUAUACCGAAAUGUCGGUUUAUCACUUUAUACGAUCAAAAAAGAUUGACGGAAAGAGCUUUAUUGACAAAACCAAACGAACCAGAACUUGAUACAAAUGUUAAAAUCGAAUUAUUCGAUUACGCAGAUCGAUUUACUAUGCCGAUUAUAUCUAAAGUAGAAUCUUUACACGAAAAAUCUUACAACGUACCACGAUGCUUGGAAUGUAAAUCUGCCGUAAGUGCUACCAUGUUGGAACAUUACAAGGGUAGUAAUAAACCCAACGAUUUAAAUUUAACGUGUUCGAUUUGUAAGUUCGUCGCCCCAACAAAAUGUUCUUUCAAAGCGCACGAAAGGAUACAUAAGAAUGAAGCUCCUCAUGUUUGCCCCGAUUGCGGUAAAGAUUUCGAAACUUCCGAAUUAUUACACCAACAUAUGGAAGAAGUUUGUUUCCAUUUAGCGAAACACGUAAAAUAUCGUUGUCCCGGCAAGAGAUGUAGUAAAUUAUUCGCUUCGUUGGCCAAUUUUUCCUCGCAUUUUUCCCAACAGCAUUUCAAAUGCGUUUAUACUUGUUCGGUAUGUAAGUGUACUUCGUACUCGGUAUCCGAAUUACAAAAACAUAUCGAAUUUCACGAUGGCGAUUGUACGUUUUCAAAAGUUUACCAAUGCGGCGUUUGUACGGACUUCGGAACAAUUGGCGAUAACGAAUUCGAUAAACAUAUCGAGAUACAUUCGAAAAUUGAUAAUAUAAUGUACGUUUAUUUAUGCAAAUAUUGUCGUAAUACUUUUCGAUCGACUUUUACAUUCGCGACUCACCUUUUAAAAUGUACGAGUAAAAUGAUAUCGGACACUAAAUUACGUUUAAAAAAUAAACCUAAAGUGUUGAUAACGAAAAAAUAUUUUUGUAUUUUAUGCAACGAUCAAAUACCGUUGGAAAAGAAAGUGUCCCAUAUGAGAUUAUGUAAAUAUGCCCGUCCGGUUGUUUACGUUAACAAAUUAGACAUUAGUGAUAUAUCGAACGAUAUUCAUUUGAAUAUAUCUCAGGAGAAUAGUAGAUCGAGCGAAUCUCCUAAAUCUGAAGAAAAUUGUAAAAAGAAAAGGAAACGAUAUCUCACUGAUAUCAGUAGACGAAGGAAACCUGAAAAAGUACAAGAACCGGAUUUGAUAGCGGAAAAACCAAUCGAAUUCGACGGCACAUAUUAUUGUAAAUUAUGUGAUUAUCAGUCUAGAGAACGAAAUGAAUUUCACGAUCACAUUCGGAUUCACAGAAAUAUUUCAACGGCGUAUCAGUGUAUGGAAUGCGGCGAAUGUUUUGUGGUUAAACCGUCUCUUUAUAAACAUUUACUACAUUUCCACAAUAUCCAUAAUUAUGAGUCUUAUUUGAAAGAUAACGAUUGUUUCGAUGUAGAGGCUGUGAAAGAAUUGGAAAAUGUGAUGCGAUUAGCACCUGGUGAAUCGAAAGGACCCGUCAAAGACAAUCAAUGUAGAGUGUGUUUAGAUGAAUUUGACGAUUCGGUUGCGUUAAAUAAACAUUUCAGAACACAUGGAAUGGCGUUUUUACUAAAGAAUUCAAAAUAAUUAUAUCCAACUAUAUUUUGUAAAAUUAUUAAAAUAAAAAUAUUCGUUUGAUAUUA